AUCAACAACAAACGUCAAAUUUGCUGUCAACUUGAGGUGUGGUAAAAAAACGAAUGAAUCACACGUAAAAAAAUUGUUAUUUAGGAUAAAUUAGUUGUUAAAUUUAAUAUAAUGGAUAGUCAAGGUAGAAAAGUAAUUGUUUGUGAUAAUGGCACUGGGUUCGUUAAGUGCGGAUAUGCCGGUAGUAAUUUUCCUGCUCAUAUUUUCCCUUCCAUGGUGGGACGACCGAUAAUUAGAGCUGUAAAUAAAAUAGGCGACAUUGAAGUUAAGGGUUUACAUGUAGAAGGAGUAGCAAGCACACUUCCUGACCUGAUGGUAGGCGACGAGGCGUCCCAGCUCAGGUCGCUGCUGGAGGUCAACUAUCCGAUGGAGAACGGCAUCGUCCGCAACUGGGAGGACAUGUGCCACGUGUGGGACUACACGUUCGGUCCCAAGAAGAUGGACCUCGAUCCCAAAGAAACAAAGAUUCUUCUGACUGAGCCGCCGAUGAAUCCGCUGAAGAACAGGGAGAAAAUGAUCGAAGUCAUGUUUGAGAAGUACGGAUUCGCCGGCACCUACGUCGCUAUUCAGGCUGUGUUAACUUUAUAUGCUCAGGGUCUGUUGUCUGGGGUCGUUGUAGACUCCGGCGACGGUGUAACUCACAUUUGUCCCGUGUACGAGGAAUUUGCACUGCCACAUCUUACCAGACGACUGGAUAUAGCCGGUCGCGACAUCACACGCUACCUAAUCAAGCUCCUUUUGCUCAGAGGCUACGCAUUCAAUCACUCAGCCGAUUUUGAAACUGUGAGGAUGAUGAAGGAACAACUGUGCUACAUUGGUUACGACAUCGAAACUGAACAACGUUUAGCUCUGGAAACAACAGUUUUGGUUGAACCUUACACAUUGCCUGAUGGACGGGUUAUUAAAGUGGGAGGCGAACGUUUUGAGGCACCCGAGGCUUUAUUCCAGCCCCAUCUGAUCAAUGUUGAAGGGCAGGGAAUCGCAGAACUAGUUUUUAACACAAUUCAGGCUGCCGACAUCGACAUGAGGCCGGAACUCUACAAACACAUAGUCCUGUCGGGCGGUUCGACGAUGUAUCCCGGACUACCCUCCAGACUUGAACGGGAGAUCAAGCAACUGUACCUGGAGCGAGUACUUAAGAACGACACGACGAAGCUGAACAAGUUCAAAAUUCGAAUUGAAGACCCGCCAAGACGCAAAGACAUGGUGUUCAUCGGCGGCGCCGUCUUGGCCGAGGUCAUGAAGGAUAGGGACGCAUUUUGGAUGUCAAAGGAGGAAUACCAGGAACAGGGGCUGAAAGUGUUGAGGAAAUUAGGCACGCGAGCUGCGUAACUUAUUUUUAUUUAUUGAAUACUGUAUUUUACAAUAUGAUUUUAUAUAUAUUUUUUAUCGAUAAGUGCAAAGACUAUUAUACAUUUUAACGUUA